GAAGAGGAAAAAAAUAAAAAAGAAGGAAAGGAGGAGGAAUUGCCAGAGUGCCUUUGCUGGAAUUUGGAAUUUGGAAGUUGGACACCACCAAAUCCUAACUUCAAACUCUCAAUUUAAUAACUAUUCCUUCUCUGAAUUUUCCAAACUUUAACGCGUCCGCUGAAAAGCUGAAUCCUAGAUACAUAUUUUUCUUUUUUCAAUUGGAGCUGCAAUUUACUAAUUCAAAGGAAAUCAUAAUCUUGAAAGUAGUUGGGAGGAUUGAAAAUAUAGUUUGUUGCUCGUGGGUUCGGGUUUUUUGGUCAAAAGUUUCAAGCUUUGAAUUUUGCAUGAGGGUUUGUGAAUAAAAGAUGUAUAGCAAUUUCAAGGAGCAGGCAGUAGCUUAUGUGAAGCAAGCAGUUGAGGAAGAUAAUGCGGGAAAUUAUGCAAAGGCGUUCUCGCUGUAUAUGAAUGCUUUGGAGUAUUUUAAAACACAUUUGAAGUAUGAGAAGAAUCCCAAGAUUAAGGAAGCAAUUACGCAGAAGUUUGUGGAGUAUUUGAGGAGGGCUGAGGAGAUUCGUGCUGUUCUAGACGAGGGAGGAGGUGGGCCGCCAGCAUCCAAUGGAGAUGCUGCUGUUGCAUCGCGUGCAAAGUCAAAGCCAAAGAAUGGAGGAGCAGAGGGUGAUGAUGCAGAGAAUGUAAAGUUAAGAUCUGGACUUAAUUCCGCUAUUAUUAGGGAAAAGCCUAAUGUGAAGUGGAACGACGUAGCAGGGCUUGAGAGUGCCAAGCAGGCAUUGCAGGAGGCUGUUAUACUGCCGGUUAAGUUUCCUCAGUUUUUCACUGGCAAGCGUCGACCGUGGAGAGCCUUUUUGUUAUAUGGCCCACCUGGAACAGGAAAGUCAUACCUAGCAAAAGCUGUUGCUACAGAAGCUGAUUCUACCUUUUUCAGUGUUUCUUCGUCAGACCUUGUUUCAAAGUGGAUGGGUGAAAGUGAAAAACUUGUGUCAAAUCUAUUCCAAAUGGCCCGAGAAAGUUCUCCUUCAAUAAUAUUCAUAGACGAAAUUGAUUCCUUAUGUGGCCAAAGAGGUGAGGGUAGUGAGAGUGAAGCAUCAAGACGUAUCAAAACUGAGCUUCUUGUACAGAUGCAGGGUGUAGGGCACGAUGAUGACAAAAAAGUUCUUGUUCUUGCAGCGACCAACACUCCCUACUCAUUAGACCAGGCUAUUAGGCGGAGAUUUGACAAAAGAAUUUACAUCCCCCUACCAGAUUUGAAGGCAAGGCAGCACAUGUUUAAGGUACAUUUAGGAGACACCCCUCACAACUUGACAGAAAGUGAUUUUGAGCAACUAGCUCGGAAAACAGAAGGUUUUUCAGGUUCAGACAUUUCUGUAUGUGUAAAUGAAGUCUUGUUUGAACCUGUACGUAAAACUCAGGAUGCUGAGUUUUUCAUUAAGACCCGUGAUGGGUUGUGGGUGCCUUGUGGACCUAGACAACCAGGUGCCAUUCAGACUAAUAUGCAGGAGCUUGCCGCACAAGGGCUAGCCUCAAAGAUAACACCACCGCCAAUCAGCAUAAGAGAUUUUGACAGAGUACUAUGGAAACAGAAGCCAACAGUAAGCAAAGCAGAUCUUGAGGUGCACGAGAGAUUCACGAAGGAGUUCGGUGAGGAAGGAUGAAUGCUCUUUGGUUUUCUAUACAAAAUUGUGUAACUAUUAUUGCACCGAUAUAAUGUGUAGUCAAAUGAUAAAACCUGACAGCCGUGUGAUAAAUAGAAAUAAUCAGUCAGGUUCUUACUUGAAGGACCAUUGAGCUGAUGUUAAGCGGUUGCUACUUUUGCUUUGCUGUACAGCUUAAUGCUAUUUUGUCAAAAAGCAUUUCAUGUAAUUUUACACGUUCAGACCAUCGUUUAAUAGUAAAGGAACGUCAAUAUUUCUGAUGGAA